AUCUCGGGGCACCGCCAUGGCCCAGGAGGGCCCGGAGGCGGGGGGCCCCCCGGCCCCUGCCCCGCGGCGGGCCCGGGGCCGGCAGCGUUAUGUGGAGAAGGACGGGCGCUGUAACGUGCAGCAGGGCCACGCGGGCGAGCGCUACCGCUACCUGACCGACCUGUUCACCACGCUGGUCGACCUCCGCUGGCGCGCCAGCCUGCUCGUCUUCAUCCUGGCCUACGCCCUCACCUGGCUCUUCUUCGGGGCCGUCUGGUGGCUCAUCGCCUACGCCCGCGGCGACCUGGACCACCUGCACGACGCCGCCUGGACGCCCUGCGUGCACAACCUCAACGGCUUCGUGUCCGCCUUCCUCUUCUCCAUCGAGACCGAGACCACCAUCGGCUACGGCCACCGGGUCAUCGCCGACGCCUGCCCCGAGGGCAUCGCGCUGCUCCUGCUGCAGGCCAUCCUGGGCAGCGUGGUCAACGCCUUCCUGGUGGGCUGCAUGUUCGUCAAGAUCUCGCAGCCCAACCGGCGCGCCGAGACCCUGGUCUUCUCCUCGCACGCCGUGGUGGCCCUGCGCGACGGCCGCCUGUGCCUCAUGUUCCGCGUGGGCGACCUGCGCCGCUCCCACAUCGUCGAGGCCUCCAUCCGGGCCAAGCUGAUCCGCUCGCGCCAGACCCCCGAGGGCGAGUUCCUGCCCCUGCACCAGACCGACCUGGCCGUGGGCUUCGACACGGGAGACGACCGCCUCUUCCUCGUGUCGCCGCUGGUCAUCUCCCACGAGAUCGACGCCCGCAGCCCCUUCUGGGACGCCUCGCGUCGUGCCCUGGAGGAGGACGAGUUCGAGAUCGUGGUCAUCUUGGAGGGCAUGGUGGAGGCCACCGGGAUGACGUGCCAGGCGCGCAGCUCCUACCUGGUGGACGAGGUGCUGUGGGGGCACCGGUUCAUGUCGGUGCUGAGCCUGGAGGACGGCUUCUACGAGGUGGACCACGCCUGCUUCCACCAGACCCUGGAGGUGCCCACGCCGUCCUGCAGCGCCCGCCAGCUGGCCGAGGCCGCCGCCCGCCGCGACGCCCACCUCUACUGGUCCAUCCCCAGCCGCCUGGACGAGCGGGGGGCCGAGGCCGAGGCCGACGGGGCCGAGGCUGACGACGGGGCCGGGGGCGACGACCACGGGCACCGGGGGCCCAGGGCCGACGGCGAUGGCCAGGAGCCCCCGGAAAGACCCCCGCCGUCCGAGGGCGAGUCCGAGCUCUGAGCCGGGGGACCGGCCCCGGGAGGCCAAGGGGACCACCAGGAGGAAGGGGAGCGGGAGGGAGAAGAGGAGGAG